GGGGGGCUCGGUGGCGUCCGUCCGACCCCGGGCACAGGGGGCACCCGGGGGUGGGAGCAGAGCGCUCGGGCCAGCUUCUCUCCGCGCCGCCGGGCACGCCGGGCGCUGCCAGCCUCACCUGUCCAGCGAGCAGAGGCAGGAGCGCGCUCGUCCCCUCCUCCCGCCACCGACCGACCCGCCCAGAGAAGCCGUCGGGGCGCCCCUUGAGCCAGCGGCAGCCACAGGAGAAGGAGGCCCGCGCUCUCUCGUCGAUCAUUCCGUGUUGCCAAACAUCAGUGAGACUUACUUCACGUUGGAAUCUGUAGCUCCAAAAGCAGCCAAAGAUGACGCUUCUGGCAUCUGAACAAUCCAUGCUCAUUCGAAGAAGAUUUCGUUCUGUGCUCCAAAUGCGAAUGCAGCAUCGGCGGUCCCAAGAACAGCUCUCUGAACGACACUUAAUUCCAGGGCUCAGCAAAUCCCUCCCAACUUUCUCGCAGCCUAGUGGGACACAAGGGCAGACCAGAGCCAAUGAGACUGCCAAGCUCAAGGUUUCAUCCCGGCCUCACAAGACCAGCUCUGCUAAGGGCCAGAUGGCUGAAGUGUCUCGAGGGGACCGUUCCGAGUUGCAGGAAAAGAAGGCUCGCUUGGCCGAAGACUUGAGCGAGAAGAUUUUGCAUCGUCCUGGGCCGCUUGAGUUGGUGAAGAAAAACAUUCUCCCCUUGGAUCCGGGUAUCACACAUGUGGUGGCAGGCUUCUACAUGAGGUAA